CCUUGGCACCUCCCUGCCUAUAUAAUGGGGAGUUCUGCACACUCCACACAACUCCCGUGACCGCAACCGUGGACUUCACCAUGAUUUUCUCACUCCUUCAAGGUUUCACAUUAUUAGCUGUUGCAGAGAUGUCUCCAUAUAUAAGGUUGAGACGUGACGUGGCUCCAGAAGUGCUCGGACUACCCAGUAACGCCACAUCGAUCCGCGAGAGCAUUGACACCUCGUUCACCUGCGACGCGCGCGCCUACGGCUACUAUGCUGACCCAGAAAACGACUGCCAAGUUUUCCACGUUUGCUUGCCGGUCCACUUCGACGAUGGUGGCGAGCAAAUCUUCAAGUGGAGCUUUAUCUGUCCCCAAGAGACGGUUUUCAAUCAGGAAACGUUCACCUGUGCUCGAGAGGAAGAUUCCGUAGACUGCCAGGACUCGCCUCUCUUCUACUCUCUGAACGACAGGUUUGGCUCGGCCAACACUCUUCUUCCCUCCUACCCGGAUACCACCGACGAGCUGCCUACCAUCCAAGCCAACUCAUUCUACGAUAAUUGACUUACAGACAAAUAAAGAUUCAUUACACUCUA